AUGUGGGAGGUUUUUAGACAGGUUAAAAUCAAUCUUCCUUUGCUUGAAGCUAUUAAACAGGUACCCGCUUACGCGAAGUUUUUAAAAGAAUUGUGUACCCAAAAGAGGCAACAAAAAGUGCCUAAAUUGGUUGAUUUGAAAGAGCGGGUAAGCGAGGUUUUAAAAGGAGAUCUUCCUCCUAAGUUACAAGAUCCGGGAACGCCUUUUAUAGAUAUUCAAGUAGGAAAUUUUCAAACUGCAAGGGCGUUAUUGGAUCUUGGAGCCGGAGUAAGUAUCUUACCGGGGGGGUUAUACGACCAAUAUGAUUUUGGUCCAUUGAAACGGGUUGAGACAACGGUGGUAUUAGCCAAUUUUUCUCAUAAACUUCCUCGGGGGAUUGUACGGGAUGUGAUAGUUAAGGUUGAUGAGUUUUAUUAUCCCGUGGACUUUCUUGUGCUAGACUACUCACCCGCGGACCCAAUUCAACAACAAAAUAUUAUUUUAGGUCGGCCGUUUUUAAACACCGCACAUGCCAUUAUUGAUUGUCGAUAUGGUACGGUCGACAUGACAUUCGGUAAUAGAAAGAUGAGAUUAAACGUUUUUACUAAUGGUACUAAUGUUUAUGAUGAGUGUUUUGUAGCAAACUUCAUAGAUGAAUAUGACCCAAAGGAGUUCGAGGAAGAGAUUUUGGGUUCUUGUGUUCGUGGUGUGUCUUUGCAGGUGCACGCAUGUGAUUUGGAAAAAGAAGAGAAAGAGCAAGAAGCUCUUGCGGUGAAGGAAGGGAAUCCACCAUGGACCUACCAAAUGGAUACUUUACCGGUGGAAAUCGAUUCGGGCACAAAGCCUUCUUUGGAAAGUCCACCAAGUGUGGAGUUGAAGGAGCUACCAAAGCACCUAAAGUAUGCAUUUUUGGGGGAGAAUGACACUUUACCGAUAUAA